ACAGUAAAGCAGAACUGAUUGUUUCUCACUUGAUGGGUAAAACUUAAAGAUGAAGACAAUCAUUGUAGUGUUGUCCAUCCUGGGUCUUUGUCUCAGUGCUCCAGUGGAGCAAGACACAGACGGAGAUAAUGGGCCACUAAUUGGUGAGGGUCAGCAGCUCAUUGGUUCUCCACUUGCUCAGACAGACCCCAUCACCAGGCAUAUCUUCUUCCCUGUUCCUAGAGCUGAUAACGUCCUUACAAACCCUUAUUUUAACUUCCAAUACCAAUACCAACAAUACCAAUACCCAUUCUACCCAUACUACCCGUACUACUCUGCCUACACACUGCCCCCUGUUGUUAUCAGUCUGCCUCAGAGAAAUCCCUGAAACAGCCUGAAUCAUUACUUCAGCAGCUUCACCGGCAGAUUAUGAAAGCUUUGCAUUAUGUAUAUUUCAGGCUGAUGCUUGACAAAUAAUGUUCUUUCAUUUAUUAAAUAAAUACCUUUAGUGUGCAAUAAUGUGAUCUGUUUUCAGCUUGCUGUAUGUAUGUAUCUAAAAAGGUUUAAUUAAGCUAUAUCACAUGAGCAAGAGUGCGCUUCAUCCAGUUAUUCAUACUUGUCUAAUUGUUUUACAGUAUAAAAGGUGAAACAUUGCACUGUAGUAAAAUAAUUGUUCCUUCUGUACUAAAUAAAUAAAUAAAUGUGCCA